CACAUUGCUGAUGAGCAGCGAUUAGGUUGUUAACGAUUGUAAACUUUACAAAGUGACACUUACUGAAGUGUUUCCGGUUUUAUUUCAAAUUAAUAAACAUUGACAUGCACUUGUACUUUAACAUUUAUUGUUUAUUAUUUAUCGCCUGCCGUUUUUUUUUGAUUACAAGAAGCCAAAAUUCUGGUUCUGAAAUUAAGCGAGUCUGUCUAACCGGAGUCGCUGCCUGUUUUGAUUUGAUUUGAUUUGAUUUGAUUUGAUCUGAUUUGAUCUGAUCUAAUCUGAUUUGCACAGAUAUUUCACCAUUAGAGAUCUAUUACCUCGAUCUCCGGAAUGAAGUGUCAUUACGAGGUGCUGGGUGUGAAAAGGGACGCUGGAGACGAUGAGCUGAAGAAGGUCUACAGAAAAUUAGCUCUCAAAUGGCACCCAGAUAAGAACCUGGAGAACCCAGAGGAGGCAGCGGAGCAGUUUAAACUGAUCCAGGCAGCGUAUGAUGUUCUCAGUGACCCACAGGAAAGAGCCUGGUAUGAUAACCACCGGGAGGCGCUCUUGAAGGGCGGAGUCAGUGGAGAGUACCAGGAUGACAGCCUCGAUCUCGUGCAGUACUUCACUGUAACCUGUUACUCAGGUUAUGGAGAUGACGAGCAGGGCUUCUACACGGUGUACAGGAACCUGUUUGAGUCCAUCGCAAAGGAGGAACUUGAGCACGGUAAAGACGAGGAUGAUGACUGUGAUGAUUUUCCCACAUUCGGAGACUCUCAGAGUGACUAUGCUACGGUGGUGCACUUGUUCUAUGGCUGCUGGCAGAGUUUCUGCACACGGAAAAACUUUGCGUGGAAGGAGGAGUACGACAUUCGGCAGGCCUCGAACCGCUGGGAGAAGAGAGCCAUGGAGAAAGAGAACAAAAAGACGCGCGACAAAGCCAGGAAGGAACGCAGCGAGCUUGUGCGCCAACUAGUGGCCUUCGUGCGGAAACGUGACAAACGAGUGCAGGCUCACAAGAAACUGGUGGAGGAGCAGAAUGCAGAAAAAGCCAAGAAAGUGGAGGAGCUGAGGAAGAAGCAGAAACUGGAGCAGGCUAAGCUGGCGGAGGAAUAUAAGGAGCAGAAAUGGUCUGCCAUGGCUGGACUGGAGCAGGAGCUGCAGCAGAUGGAGCUUCAGUACGGACGAGAGUUCGGAGACACGGAGGAAGAGCUCGAGGAGGACAGAGUGGAGACGGAUGCUGUGGAUGGCUCUGAUGAGUUGGACGACCUUUAUGAUGACCUUUACUGCCCUGCCUGUGAUAAAUCCUUCAAAACUGACAAAGCGAUGAAGAACCACGAGAAGUCCAAAAAGCACAGAGAGAUGGUGGCUCUGCUCCGGCAGCAGCUUCAAGAGGAGGAAGAGUCGCUGAGUCUGAAUUCGGCAGAGAGAGACGGCGAGGAAGAGGAGGAUGAAGAAAAGGAGGGUGAAGAUGAGGAGAGGGAGGAUUCAUCCAGACAGAAGUUGUCGAAGAAACAGAAGAAGAAGCAGCGACAGCAGAAAAACAUGACUAACUUUCCAGAAGAGCCAGCAGCUGAGAUUCAAGCUCCAGACUCCACAGAUGACAUCAUCACUCCUCCUAACCAAUCAGGAGAUAACAAGGAGGACCCGGCCGGCUCCGAGGAGGCUGCAGAGGAAGUGAAGAAAGACGGAUCUGAACCCAAUAAAAGCUCUGGAAAGACGAAAGGAAAAAAGGCUGGAAAAGACCCCAAAAAGAGCAACAAAUCCCACGGAUCUGGCGACAGCAACCAAGAGAAGGAGGUGAACCUGCGCUGUGUGAUCUGCCAUUUUGAAUUCACCACCAGGAACAAAUUGUUUGAUCACCUGAAGAUGACGGGUCACGCCACUGCAUUGCAGUCCAACAGCGCCAUGAACACCAAGAGCAAGAAGGAGAAGAGGAAGAACAGAUGACCAGAGCAGCAUCAUCAUCAUCAUCAUUGUCAUUAUUAUUAUUAUUAUUAUUAUUAAGACUGAAGCAGCUUCUCAGUGGAAAGGGUUUUAUAGAAAAUACAUCAGUCACUGGACAUGUGUGUGUGCACGGGCAUGUAUGCGUGUGUGUGUGUGUGUACCUUCUCCUCCAGCAUGCUCAUCGUACAAGCUGUUUUUUUUCAGGAAUUGACAAAUAUAUGCAGAUAAAGAACAGCACAUGGGACUGUAAGUGGAGCGCACACUUCACAGCGCACAGGUUUUCUCUCCGUGAGAGAAAGUAGAAGGUAAAUAGUAAGAGAAGAUUUUUCUUGCUGCUACUGUUCAUAAAUAUGUGAUUAUAAAAUGUGAAUAUGAGCUAUUCCAUUAAUGCACCCCGGAAACAAUAACGUUGCUACGGUAACAAAAUUAAAAUCUGUUUGCUAAACUAAAAUCUAUAUGCAUUUAUCCUGUGGUAAUGUAUUUGGGAUUUUUUUUCUAAAUCUGAUCUUUUUCACACUCAUUAAAAGUGUCCUUAAGUCAAAAUUUCAGCGCGUCUGUGUUUUUAAACUGCCAGUGAUACGGUAGUGCUGUACAUUUUUUAAAAAAACUGUUUAACGAUGUCUACAAAAAUAGAUUUUUCUGUUUAUUAUAUUAAGAAAAUAUUUUUAUUUAUUCAAAAGUAAUAUGUAACUUAUUAUUUUUUACAAUUAUAGAGAUACAAAAUUUUACCACUACAUCAGCUGCUUCCAGUCAGUUUGUAAUGAUAAUGAGUCUUUAUUGAUCACAUAUACAGUAGAGUACAGUGAAAUUAUUUUCUUCGCAUACCCCAGCCUGUCAGGAAGCUGACAGUCAGCCAUGAUACGACGCCCCUGGAGCAGAGAGGGUUAAGGGCGUUACUCAAGGGCCCAACAGUGGCAGCUUGGCAGUGCUGGGGCUUUAACCCCCGACCUUCCGAUCAGUAACCCAGAGCCUUAACCGCUAAGCCACCACUGCCCCUAAAUAAAAUGUAUAUUAAUUAUUUUUCUAAUUAUAAAAAGAUAUCACCAUAUCACAAAUUCAUGUUGAGUGUUAGAACGGUGCAAAAUAUAAAUCCGUCAUUAUUAUUAUUUUAAAACAAUUAUUACAAAAACAAGGACAAUCAGUACUAUGAGUAAACAUUUCAUACAUAAUAUCUAUAUUAAAUUGGUUUUAAACUGUUUAUUAGUGUAUUAUAAACUAGAUUGUGUUAUAACACUAUUACAAUUAAUCUAUUAUAUAAUUUACAGAUAAUAGCUCAUUAAAGAUGUAUAAACUAUUACCGCAUGAAUACACACACACACACACACACACACACACAGAUGGGGAUCAAUUUAACUGGCUGUAGUAAAGCUGAUACACCUGCCACUGUACACACACACACACACACACACGUGGUGCUAGGUGAGUGUAUUACAUUUGGCCGUAAAAUCAACACAUGUAUAAGGGUUCAGUGUUUUGUGGGUGCAUAAAUAACACACACACACACACACACAGAGAGAGAGUAUGGUAGGUCUUACACUGCAGGUGUCCGCAGUACAUGGCGUGUGUGUGUGUGUGUGUGUGUGUGUGAGAGAGAGAGAGUGAGAGAGAGAUAAGGCAGAAGUGAAAUAGGAACAGAUUUAUCAGGAGCAGUUAUCAGUGUGUGUGUGUGUGUGCUGGCUAAUAAACAUCUGUUUUAUUUUAAACCGAACCUCAAAUUUAAGCUGAGGUUAAAAGGUGAAGUACACACUCCGACCCUCAGAUCCCAGACUCGCU